CACAAAACUAACCAAGAGGUUCAAGUGAUCUUGUUUUUAGAUUGUUCUAGGGGGCAAAUACAAUUGUGAUUAAAAAGGCUUUACGGUGUUAAUCCUCCAGUCUGUAGUUUCACUACCUCUACGGACAUUUUAGUAAAGUAAGCUGACCGGUUUUAUGUUCAGAGAGUUGGAGAAAAAAAAAGUCAUUGAUGAAUGAAGUUAGGUUCAUCUACGGAGCACGACCGUGGGAGCAUGUUACUCCGCUGCUGGCUGCUCUGGACUGGCUACCAGUGAAAGGUCUCAUUCUGCUUUCUGUGUGUUGGAUAAAAACGUCUGCCAAAUAAAUAAACAUAAACAAACAUAAACAUUAACUAUUUUAUAUGUGGUGUCAUUCUAACUCGUACCACUAGAUGGCUGCAGUUUUACCGCCUUAAAUCUGAUGGAAAAGAUCUCGGCCGCCAUGAGUCAUUUAAUUAAAUUCAGUCUCAAAAUUGACAAUUGCCUUUGACUUUUAGUGUCGUAGUGGGCUCCUCCCGAUUUGAACAAAAUGCUUCUGAUGCAGACCUGCACCGCCUAAUUAAGUGGCCACACAUUCAUCAUAAAGCUGUUUCAAACGUAUGUUUUAAUUUUAUGAAGUUGAUGUUUUUAAAGCUUGUUUGCAGUCUGUUUGGGUGGGAAAUGGUUGAAGAGAAGGACAGCUUUUACCAGAUUGUGUCUUGUUGUACUCUGAGUCAUUUAGAUCAAUUUAAAUAGGCUGCAGACAGAUGGGUCACAUCGUCCUGAUGAAUGUGAGGAAGCAGCAAGGAAGUGAGUGUGAUCAUCACGCUGUUGGGAGGCACGCGGCGGCCUGGAAUCACACGUGGUUCGAUGACACUUGUCUGUUUGAAUGUACUUGUUUGUUGUCCAUAUUUGACCCUGCAGACAAACUUUCCCAUGAGGGUGUGGAUUGUGCUCCGAGCAGAAAGGGAGGAGCGUAGAGCUGAGUGUAAUGUGUUUGUUUUACUUAACAGUUAAUAACAUUCAUGACUCUAGCCAGAUGUGCAGUUUACCUUAAAUUUCAAAGCAAAUUGAACAUCAAGAGGUUUGGCUCAAUAUGCAAAAGUAGCACAAAGCAGAAUUUUCAUAUUUUAGUCCAAUCACUAUAAACGUUUCUGUACACAAGUUUCAUCUCACGCAACAUCUCCUGCAGGUCAUCGACUCACUGGGCAUCAUGAUCUACAAAGCUCUGGAUUUUGGCCUCAAAGACAACGAAGAGCGGGAGCUAAGCCCCCCGCUGGAGCGUCUGAUUGACAUGAUGACCAACAUGGAGGAAACGAAGAGCGACCCUUGUCCUGAUGAGGGCUACGAAGCCACAGAGGAAGAAGAGGAGGAGGAGGAAGAGGAUCGCGAGGAAAACGGGGAGGAAGAAGAGCUAGCCUUCGUUACGUCUGCCAGCCCAAUCAGCAGGAUUCAGAGCUACAGAGACAUCAUUGCGGAAAAAUCCACUGAAACACCCCCCAAAGCUGGACCCCCAAGUCAGAAAGUCGGAGAAACUUCAAAACCCCGACCUCGACAUCCAAUAUGGCAGCUCUCUGGAUCAACCACAGUAAGUUUAUUUUAUAAGACACGCUUAUAAGAGUGCGUUUAAAAUCAGUGAGCUGCAUUUGUGUUUAGUAUUCAUCUGUUUACGUAGAAUGCUGCCAUGAAUUGUGAGUAAAGUGCAUCCAGUGCAUUUCAAAAUAAAACCUAUGUUGCAUAAUUUUUUGGGGCUUGUCUUUAAUUAUUAAUGACAGCGAUAUCAGUUUACAGUGUAGGAUAGUUCACGUUAUUGUUACAAGUAUGUCUUUAAACUUGUAAUGUCAAAUUCCAGUGUCAAACAAAAGUAACAUGACCGAGAAGACAAGUAGGUCUUUUGCUUACCA